GCAGGGGGUGUGAGAAGGGUGGGUGAGUGUGUGAGAGAGAGAGAGAGCUAGAGGGAAAGAGAGAGAGAGAGAGAGAAAGAGAGAGAGAAAGAGAGAGAGAGUAGCUUCACUCGCGUCACACAGCGCGGGCUAAGCACGAGCUUCCAGAGCACAGCCAAAGAGACGAGAAAAGAGGCAGAGAGAGGAAGAUAGAGAGAGAGAGCGCUGCACUUCAUUCCUGUUCAGCUCCUCCGUAGCUCCAGUUUUCUCUCCGCAGCUCUCCCCGGGCUGUUAUUUGCGUGUCGCUGCUAGAGUAGCCAAAGUGCGGGAAAAGGGCGUGAUUCUCGACAUGCUCGCGCUCGGGGCGUAGCGGCAUCAAAGCACAGCGAGUCGCGCACGAGGCGAGGAAUGCCAUCUGAGCAUCAAUGUUUCACUGGGGCAAGUGGAAGAAGAGGAUGGGCGCCAACAGCUCCUCCAAGAGACCGGUCUUCGACGAGAAAGAGGAUGUGAAUUUUGAUCACUUCCAGAUUCUCCGAGCCAUUGGCAAGGGCAGUUUUGGGAAGGUGUGUAUCGUGCAGAAGCGGGACACGGAGAAGAUGUACGCCAUGAAGUACAUGAACAAGCAGCAGUGCAUAGAGCGAGAUGAGGUCCGAAACGUCUUUAGAGAGCUAGAGAUCCUACAGGACAUUGAACAUGUUUUUUUAGUCAACCUCUGGUACUCGUUCCAGGACGAGGAGGACAUGUUCAUGGUAGUUGACCUGCUGCUGGGAGGAGAUCUGCGCUAUCACUUACAGCAGAACGUCCAGUUCACGGAGGAGGCGGUCAAAGUCUACCUGUGUGAGAUGACCCUGGCACUGGACUACCUGCAGAGCCAGCACAUCAUACACAGGGAUAUUAAACCAGACAAUAUCUUGCUGGAUGAACAAGGUCAUGCCCACCUGACAGACUUCAACAUCGCUACUAUCAUCAAGGAUGGAGAGAGAGCCACAGCUUUAGCUGGAACCAAGCCAUAUAUGGCUCCUGAGAUUUUCCAGUCGUUUGUGAGUGGGGGCACUGGCUAUGCAUUUGAAGUAGACUGGUGGUCACUUGGGGUGACUAUUUUUGAGGUCCUGCGUGGUUGGAGGCCAUAUGACAUCCAUGCCAGUAACUCAGUGGAGUCUCUGCUGCAGCUUUUCAGCACAGUCAGUGUGCAGUACUGCUCCUCCUGGCAUAAAGACCUCGUCUCCCUGCUGCGCAAGCUGCUGACAGUAAACCCAGAGCACCGCUUCAGCAGUCUGGCUCACAUGCAGACAGCCCCCUACCUCUCAGAUGUCAACUGGGACGCCGUCUACGAGAAAAAGACGGAGGCUGGAUUUGUUCCCAAUAAAGGCCGUCUGCAUUGUGACCCUACCUUUGAGCUGGAAGAGAUGAUUUUAGAAUCUCGCCCGUUGCAUAAGAAGAAAAAGCGUCUAGCCAAGAACAGAUCCAGAGACAACAGCAAGGAUUCCCAGUCUGAGAACGACUAUCUACAGGAGUGCCUUGAAGUCGUACAGCAAGAGUUCAUGAUCUUCAACAGAGAAAAGUUGAAGAGGAGACAGGAGGAAGGCUGCAUGGGGGGAGAAGGGGAAGGAGCCGAGGGAGAGGGAGAGGGAGAAGGGGACGGGGACCCUGACAGGGAGGGUGAAGAGGCAGAGGGCGGCACGGAGGACGAGGAAACCGAGGCCGAACCCGAGACCUCCAAGCUGAGCAUGUGCGGCUCGGUCUGCUCCUCUCCAGGCAGCUCCUAGCGCCCCGGGCACAGCACCUCCUGCUGGUCUCUCAGGCGUCAGCACGCUCACCAUGCCUAUAAAGCCCUCAGUGCGGCCCUCUGACUGCACGCAGCACGGAGAGCUGGCCGAGUUAGAGCCACACACUGCUCCAUACUCCUUCCCAGUAGCAUUUAACACAGUACAGUUUUGGGUUAUGCCUGUACGAUCAGCAACACGGCCUCUUCUUUCUCUCUUUAUGUCUCUUUCUACAUGGCCCCUAGAGUAAGCUCAAACUUCUAUGCAACAUAACUGUACAGCAUGAUGUAAAGUAGACAUUUUAGAGGUAACAAACCGCACAGAUGCUGCCUGAGAAACGCAUGACGACACCCAGAGCAAUAGAGCUCUGCUGUAGGAGUGUUCGUGUUCAUGUGACAAGGGCAGCAGAUCGAGGAUGAGCAAACGCUGUUUUCUGUGGAGAGAGCAGUUAAUUAUUGAAUAGGUGAAAGCUCUCUGAACUUUAGACUAGCUUUGUUUGCUCUUUCAGCUCCUGCCCCUGAAAGGGGGCUGCCAUUUACGGUACUAAUGGUUUUGCAUUCAGUUUGUUUCUAUAGAGGCAAUAGUCCUUGGACAGGUAGGAGGAUAAAUCGCUUGGCACCUGGAAAGUUGACCAACUGAUAAUUGUCCCGUCUCUCAAAUGUGUGCUAAAGAAGUCCAUGCUUUGUCGCGAGCAAACGUUGAAUGCAGAUUCUUGUUUAAGUAAUUAUAUCCAAGGAGUCUAACCUCAAGAGUGACUUUCUAACUGAAGAGUCACUUUCUUAUGUCUUACUUACGUCAGUAUCUGUUAACGUGGAUAGUGUUAACGUGGAUGAUUCGUUUUUUUCGUAACUCUCUGUCUUAUUAAGCUAGCUGCUUCUGGCCAGAACUCUGCUCACUGCUGACCUGUUGCCAAGUCGGUUUGUGUUUCUCCCUCUGACUGUUAAAGAGUUUAUUAAGAUGUUCGUUUGUUUCUGGAGGGGUCAGUGUAGGUCACACGUCACACCACAGUGUGCUUUCAGUAUGUACUCCAGCACCCUUCCAUUCCUGCUGCUUAUGAACUACUGUUGAUAUUCACUCCACCAGGGGAGUAGGCUUAAAUUUACCUCUAUAGGACACCAUUUAAUUAUGCUAUUUGAUUAAGGUAUUUGACAGUAAGUUUUCUGUGUUACAUUUGGGGACUGUUGUUCUGCGUUGAUGUGGCUUAAGCACUCCCCCUAGUGGACAAGAACGGGGCUUUUCUUUAGAGUAGCAUUGUUUGCGUACUUUAUGAAUAUGAUAGUGGUUGUUUUAAGGUGGUGCCAUCUAUCUCAGUUGUGACAUGUGGGAACAUGUAGCAUUCUCCACCUUAAAUUGUAUUGUUUAACUCUGUAAAACAUGUACAUAGCUAAAAGCAGAACCUUUUCUCCACAGUUUUAUGUGGGUGCGCUUACCUAACUAACUUAAAGUUAAAGUAUAAAGAAUAAACAGAUGGAGAUGAAAAAACAAAACUAUAAUAAGAGGCUGUUGUGUGAAGCCAUGCCUUCAUACGGUGACCUCGAUCUUCUGUUUCCAAGUGUGCAGGCACAACUUGUAGGCAAAACGCCAAAGCUUUUGUACCAUUUGCAUAGCCAUUUCUAAAUAAAAAAUGAGUGCCUGUGGAUGUUUGUACUUGUCUAACGUAUGUGUGCGUAUGUCUGUCUGUCUGAUUGUCUGUCUGUCUGCUUUUGUCUAAUUGAUAAUGGGAGUGUGUGAGGGUGCGCGAGUUAGUGAGUGUGUAAGUAGUGCGUAGGACCAAUGUAACAUUUGUAAACAAGCAUUUAUUGUGGUAAGUGAAAACAUGGAAUGUUUCUGAAAUAAUUAAACAUACUAUUAGCCUCAAGUGAGCAUAGAUGGAAAAGAAACACUGUAAUUUGAUGACACUGAGGCCAUAGCAUACUGCAUACAUCUCAAUUUCUGCAUGUACCACUAAUUACAUUGGUAUCCUGCGGAAGGGCACACGUUCGUAGCUGCGUGGCUCGGUCUUCACCUCGUCGCCACUGACAUGAAAACUUUAUUACUCUUAAGCGGCUCUUCCGCCAGUGCCAUCACUGCUCUGUUUUCCAUUCUCUAGGACUGCUUUAUCAAUUGAAGAUGUUUGACUGUACAAAGCAAAGCAUCGUCUCCAAAUAAAUGUGGACGGCAUGAUACGUAUGAAUAGAUUCUAUUUAACUUUUGGCAUCCCAUAGGUUGUUUUGAUGAUACUGAAAAUAUUAAUAAAAUGUUUAAGUGCUC